AUGGCACCAGGUGGGAACCAUUUUCUCUUAAUUUAUCUUCUACUUGCAGGGGGAAAUAUUUUAACUGUUGUCUUUAUUUGUUAUGAGAAGAACCUUAAAAAACCAAUCUAUUUCAUUUUCUUCAAUCUUGCUAUAGCGGACUUUGCUUUCGGAACCAUCACAAUGCCUAAAAUCAUUUCAAAGUACCUACUUAAUGAUGAAACUCUAACAUUUCAGGGAUGCUUUGUUCAGAUGUUUUUUUUCCAUUAUUUUGGGGCUGUCACUUCUUUCAUUUUACUAUUAAUGGCCAUUGAUCGGUUUAUUGCUAUAUGUAACCCUCUUAGAUAUCCUACUCUUGUUACAAAUCAUUCUAUGGCAAUUACAUGUUGCAUAUUUUGGGUGAUUCCGGUGUCAUGGCUGACACUGAUUAUUCACCAGAUUAUAAGCAUGCCUUUCUGUGACUCCAAUAUAAUAGCCCAGUUCUUUUGUGACCAAAAUGCAAUAAGUUUAUUAGCAUGUGGUGAUAUAAGGACACCGAGAUUGCUGUUUCUUGUUAUGACUAUGAUUGUGUUGUUGGGGCCCCUUGUUUUCAUUAUAUUUUCUUACCUAGCAAUCAUUAUAACUGUCUUAAAAAUACGAGCUGUUAAAACAAAGUACAAAGUGUUCUCAACAUGUAGCCCUCAGCUUUUUAUAAUAUGCCUUUUCUAUUUGCCUCGAUGCGCUGUCUAUAUUACAGACAUAAAGUUCAGAAUGAAUGAUAAUACUCGUGUUAUACUUGUCAUGUGGUAUAGUCUACUUCCCCCUCUUACUAACCCAUUUAUAUUCUUCUUUCGUUCUAAGAAACUCCGACAAGCUAUCAUCAUGAAAUUCAGAAAAAAAAUAAGUGAUCAAUUUGUGUGA